AUGGAUUAUGACCUGUGUAAAAGGUUUGAUACAUUGAGAACCUUUUUACCCGAUGACUUAAUCACAUCUACAAGUAAAGAUAUUCAUACAUUAGGGAAUAUUAAGAAUUAUUGUCCUAGUGAAGGUUCAGGAGGCACAAAAGAAUGUAAAACUGAUUUCGAUAAAAUUCAGGCUGGAUGUUUAUGGUUAUUUGAGCAAUUGUUUGUGAAAAAUAAAAAUAAAAUAAAAAAUAUCAAUGUUGUUGGAUACAUUAUGAUUUGGUUAAGUUAUAUGUUAAGCAUAAAAAAAGAAAGCGAAGUCACAAAUUUAAACGAUUUUUAUAGUAAGCAUAUAGAAAUUAAUACGUAUUAUACUAAUUGUGAUAAUAAUGGUCAAGAUUGUGGUAAUUUAUUAAAAGAAAUAACGGGAUAUAAAAAUUAUAAGGAAAUUAUAGAUACAAAAAAUGAAUUGUUGAAUAUUAAUUUUGAGCAUGUGCCUAAAUUGUAUGAUGCAUUUAAAUCAUUAUGUAUCAUGUAUACUGAAAUUAGUACAAGCGACAGAAAAGAUAAGAAAUAUUUAGAAAAUGCUAAAAAAUUUGUUAACAAAUAUAAUGAACUUAACAAUCCUAAUAAUACUAAAGAUAGCCCCUAUUAUCAAGUAUUGUCUACAUUAUCAAAUGAUUAUAAUAAUUUUAAAAAUUAUUGUAACAAAAUUAACGACGAUUGUAGCGAUAUUCCACCUCUUCCAGAGAUAAAAACAACACAAGAUUAUGUACAAGAUUCUGGACAAACUCCUGUCCAAAAUUCUGAAGCUACAUCAUCAAGUUUGUCGAUAACAAACAAAUUAAUUCCAGUUUUAUCGAUAAUUGUUGCAAUACCAAUAUUCUUGGGAAUUUUUUAUAAGUAUUCGUUAUUUGGAUUUCGGAAACGACCUCAAAAACAACAUUUAAGAGAAAAGUUAAAAAAAUAA